AUGUCUACUGAAGAUAAGCAGGUUUGUGAGGCAGUAGUUGAAAGGAAAGGGAUAGGACAGGAAGACAGAGAUGAUUCAGGGAUCAGUGAUUAUGGAUUGUAUUUAGAAAGCCCAUUAGCACAUUCAACUAGUUACCCCGAGACACUGGGACAAACGACGAGAGAUAAGUCAGUUUCGGAGGGUGCAGAUAUGCGGUCGAUGUUGGCAGACUUGCUAAAGGAAAUCAAGGCAACAAAAGUGAGGGAAGAAAUAUUCCGCAAAUCAUUAAAGGAAGAUUUACAAGAAACUAGAAAAUCGUUAAAGGAAGAUUUACAAGAAACUAGAGAAAGGGAAGAAAUAUUCCGCAAAUCAGUAGAGGAAGGUUUACGAGAAGCUAGAGAAAGGGAAGAAAUAUUCCGCAAAUCAUUGAAGGAAGAUUUACAAGAAACUAGAGAAUCAUUAAAGGAAGAUUUACAAGAAACUAGAGAAUCAUUUGAGAAAGAUUUACAAGAAACUAUAGAAAGGGAAGAAAUAUUCCGCAAAUCAUUAAAGGAAGAUUUACAAGAAAGCUUAGAAAAAUCAUUUAAGGAAACUAUAGCACAAGAGAUCAAAACAUCGCAAAUGAAGAUAGAAUAUAAUCUGAAGAAGGAAAUGCAGGAGUUACAAGAACGAUUGAAGAUGGACAUCAGCGAGAGAGAGAGUAAGCUACAGAAGAGUAUAGACCAAGUCCAGGGAGACGUGGAGAAGAUGGAAGGAAAGUUAACGAAAAAGAUAGAAGACAAUAUUGAAGAAACUAAAGCCGAAUUGGGAGAAAGGAUCACCGAAGUGGAAACAAAUUGCAAUCAUCGAAUCGCCGAGGUGACACAGAUGCAGAAACAAUGCAAUGAUGCGGUUAAGGGGAUAGGAGAUAGGCAAAACCAACUGGCUGUCAAUCUGAGAAAUGCUAUAGCCGUGCAACGGGAAGAGGAUAACAAGAGGGUUGCAAUGGAGGUCAGGCAAUUACAACAGGGAGUGCAACAAUUGGAGAGCAAGACAGAAGAAAUUGAUAAACGAAUUAGCAAUGCCACUUCAACUGUUGGGGAAGGUAGAGUCGUUACCUUGAUGAGCAGUGAUAAUCGGUACAUCCAAAAUAAUACAGGGCAGAAGUUUAAACCGAAAGGAGGGUUACACCCAAUGAUAUUUAUGAAAUGGUUAAAAGGAGUUUUCCCAGCACAUUUCAAAGACGCAGACAAGAUUCAAUUUGCAAUAGAUAGGAUGGAAGGUGAGGCCUUCACUUGGGGAGUCGGGAAGAAGGAAGGGACUACUGGUAUUGAUCAGUUUGAAGGGGAAUUCUUGAAGAAAUACUGGUCCAAAAGUCAUCAGUGUGCAGCAAUUGAGGACCUACUACACCGCAAGUCACUUAAUACAUGGAGAGGAAAGUUGAGAGAGUUUGCCGAACAUUUGUGGGAAUUGAACGAGACCUUGGAACAACCCCUGAGUGAUGACAUAAUGAUAUCAGCGAUAAAAAGAAGAUUGAGCCAGAGAAUGCAAGAAACUGUAUCCGGGAGCCUAAUUAAAGAUAGGGAGGCCUUGAUGGAGAUACUGGAACAGUUGGAAUCUGUUCGAUCACAGGAACACAAUCAAGCUAAUGAUCAAAACCGAGAGGGACGUAGUGACCAAAGGAAUCCUUUUAAUAAUUCGUCUAAUUAUAGAGGAAGAGGUGGUGGCAAUGGGUAUAGGAACCAUGGUGGAGGACGGCAAUGGAGAAAUGACUGGAGAAGGAGUGAAGAACCAAGAGAUCAUGAGAGAGGAAGGGAUAGGCGAAUGAAUGACACAGUGCAUAUAGAAGUGGCGGAGAGACCAGAAAACUGA